AGCCCGGGGUCCUAAAGUGUGCAGACUUGUGUAUAGAUGGUGUUUGUUUGUGUUGUGUGACUGUUAUACAUAUACAUACACACACACACACCUUUGUUGUGUAGUUGUGUAGUGUGACUGAUGUGUUAGUGUUGAUAUAAGAGCAGUAACGAUGCACCGCAGACUGAACCCGGACUACCAGCGGGAUUCUGUUCCUCCUCCCCGGUUUGGACCUCCAGCUGCUCCCAGUGACGCUGCUCACUUUACAGGCCCGUUUAACACACACACUUACACACACUUCCCCAACACUGUGUCAUACACCACAUCUGUUCCUCCUCCGGGUUACCAGAGCUUCAACACAGACCUGACUUACCAGCCAGCAGCUCCUCCAGCGCAGUUUUCUGCAGUAUGGUCACUUCAACAGGACGAGCUGCAGAAUCUGGAGGUGAAAAAGAAAGCUGAGGAAUUCCUGCGCAUGCUGGAAGCUAAAGAUUGGGUCAAACCUUCUGGUGAAUCGGGAGAAAAAGUCACGAGGCGGCAGAAUGCAGACGCUGAAGCCGAGAGACAUGGGUCGGAGAAGCACUCGAGAGGGCGGAGCCGGAGUAAGAGCAGGAGCCGGAGUCAAGGGAGGAGCCUGGGGCGGAGUCGAGGAAAGAGCAGAGCUCGCAGUCGGGGAAGGAGCCGAGCUCGGAGCAGGAGCAGGAGUCGGGGGAAAAGCCGCACCAGAGCAAAGAGCCGGCCUCGCAGUCGCAGCUGCAGCCGGGGGCGGAGCUUAGCGAGGAGUAAAAGCCAGCCUCGGCUCCAUAAAGAAUCUCAACGCAGCGUUAAAGACACACCAACUCCAUCUGUUACCAGAGUACCUGACCUCUUCCUGAACCUGAAACAGGUCCUACAGAGCAAAGAGCUGGAGAAUCACCUCACUGUGGUGAAGAACACCUUCAACCAGACCCAUGAAGACAUGAGGCUAAAGCAGGAAGCUGCACCUUCACAGAAAUUUCCAGAAUUUCUGAAGAAGUCCUGCGACCCCGAGCGAGCUGUUGACUUCAACCCAAACUCCGUACUUCCUCACGAGAGAGUGUCCGGAAAUGACAGCACGUUACCUCGGAUCUUAUCCUGGAACGAUCCAGGACAAAAGCUGGAAACUUUCCAGAAUAAAUGCGUCUUCUCCAGCAUCGAGGACGAGGAGGAGUUUCUCUACGGAGAAGAUGACGGGAGGAAGAAACCCCAAGCCGUCACCGUCCCGCUCGCUCAAACCAGACCUGCCGAAAAUCUGAUCUCGUCUCCCUGUAUCUCCAAACCUCCCGUCCUCCAGGAGCCCAAGGGACAGACCGUGAUCCCCAGACAACGCCUGACCCCGGACGUCUCAGCGGAGGAGUGCGAGAAGGUGAAGAACCUGCUGAAGACCAUCGGGCUGAACCUGAGCCAGGCCGACAUCAGUAAGAUGGUCACCAGACUGAAGCAGAAGCAGGAGGAGCAAAGAGGCGUGAGCUCGAACCAGACUCUCAGAGCGACACUGGAGACACUGCUGAACCGCAAUAAAGUGCAGAAGUCUGAGGACAGUCGGAGUAACCGAUCUGAAAGCAGCCAUUCAUGCCGAGAGUCUGACCACAGAGAGCAGAGCGAGGAGAUGGAGAGAGAGAAGGAGAAGGAGCGGAGAGAGAAACAGAUCCAGAAGAAGAGGAAGGAGUACCUGGUGAAGGAGCUGGAGGAUCUGCUGAAGCAUGAAGGUUCAGGUGAUCUGAUCCCCGUCAUCGGUUUCUUCUGUCAGCGCUGCGAGGAGUUCUUCGGGGACUUGAGCAGUGCUGAGGGACACAAACACACCAACACACACCAGGAUCAGCAGCACAAAGACGAGGAGAGGAACACGGACAGGAAAAGACAGAGAGAAGACACUCACAGUCCUCACGGGUCCAAGGACAAGUCCAGAGUCCAGGAGAUGAAAGACAGGAAUGACGACGACGCACAGUCGAGUAAGAGCGGCAAAAAGAAGAAAAAGAAAGAGAAAAAGAAGAAGGAAAAAAAGAAAGAGAAGAAGAAAAAGUCUAAGAAGAAUUAGUGUGUGUUUCUCCUGACUGUCUUAGGGCCGAAAUAUUAAAUCAUCAUACUGGACAAACAUAACGCUUACAAAAUGGUGCCAAAACUUAUUGCUUUGAUGAAAAGAAACUGUUUUGUCAUCACUGCAAAUAAAGCAGCUUUAGUGUUACACGACCCCACGACUCUGCAACACCUCCUACAGGUUUAUCACAGUAUUGCGAUCAUAUCAGCACCACCCAACCCGCUAAACCCCCACCGCUAACGAUUCAGCUACAUUUUACAUUUAAAUUAAUUAAUUAAUUAAAGUAAAGUUCAUUUUUUGCUGAAUUUUCAUGAUCGGUUGUUGUUUCUUGUCCAUUUCUCUCAAAAUAAAUCAUUCUUAGUUACACAAAGCUGCAGUACUGACACUGUGUGACCAGUAGGGGGACAAAACUCAAACGUGAUGUAAACUCUGGCUUCUUCCAGCGAGUCAGAUCAUCCGACUCACACAAAAAGAGUCGACUCUGUUGACUCACAAACAAAUCUUUCCAGUUUCUUUUCUAAAUUUGAUCGAUACUUGAUACGAACUACAGAAAUUGUUAGUGAUAAAUACUGGUUUCAUUCUGA